AUGACUCAUCGGAUACUCGGCUUCCGGUCACAUGACCUUCUCGGAUCUUCGGGCUGUGAAGCUCAUAAGAAACCGCUCGAUCGCCACGCUGCGCUUCUCGAACGCAGUUUGAAGCACAAGGACAACUAUCCUCCGCUGCGGCAGCAGAUGCGCCCAAGAAUAUUUGGAGCUGUUGGCAUCCUCUUUUCUCCACUGCUCGAUGGCUACCCUGUGCAAGGACGUGGUGGAACUCCCUGUUCUAGAUCUAAUCGCUCGUCCUACGAUACAUGGAAUCUUCUGAGCUGCGGUCUUGGCCUUGUCAAGAAGCUCCCAGAAUCGUGGAUGCCUGACGAUGCCGGAUACCCAGCCAACCGUCUACGUAGUCUCUAUCUCCGAAUGAUCAGAGAGUCUCUCCAGCUCCGUAACCUUCUUGACGGGAUCUCGACAUCCCAGCAUUAUUCAGUUUAUGCGUGUUGA